AAUAACAUUUCUCCAACAGUACCAACAGUACUCGUCAGCCUACAUCCACCAGGGGAACGGAAGUACUCUUCUCAUGACACCCUGUGUUGUUAAAUGUAGCCAAAGGGCUUCAGUGGAGUUUCACCUUUAACCAAGCGAUAUGGCCAAGCAUUCGACAGGUAGUCUUGGCACCAUAGAGGAGCAGAUCAGAGCUGUUAUCUAUGGAAACUGCAUUGGAGAUGCUUUGGGACUGUUGACAGAGUUUAUGUCAAAAGCUGAAGCCCAAGAAACCUAUGGGAAAGGAAACAACUUGGCAUACACAGACAAGAUUCCAGAUAUGCACAGAAUGCGGUGGAAAGUGGGAGACUGGACCGAUGACUCUGACCAAAUGAUUCUCAUUAUGCAGUCCACGGUUGACAACCGAGGAAAAGUAAUGGCUCAAGACUUUGCUUCUCGUCUGAAGAAAUGGAGGGAGGAAGGCUUUAGGGAGUUGGGAGAUUUUGCUGGAAUGGGAAUGGGCAUGACUACUUGUCAAGUGAUCAACAAAUCCAUCUUCUUAAAAGAACCUCACAAGGCUGCCGAGGCUGUUUGGAGAGAGAGAGGGUGUGAAGUCGCUCCCAAUGGGGGCAUCAUGAGGACAUCUGUGCUGGGUGCCCUCCAUUUUUAUGACCUAGAAGAAGUCACACAGAAUACCCUGGAGGUAUGCAAGGUGACACAUUUUGAUCCCAGGUGUCAGGCUUCCUGUGUGGUGGCUACAACAGCAAUUGCCCUCAUGCUGCAAAGAACUAAGUAUUUUAAUGCAUCUAAGGAGGAAUAUGAUGUCGAAGGAAUUCUUAAGGAAGCAUUUGAGAAUGCAGUUCAGCAUGUGUUCAAGGAUUUGGAUGACAAAGCAGAAAAAGAAAAGGAGUUGAGAAAGUAUGUUUUCCACGACAGCAAACGCCUCAAAGACUUGCAUCUCGGUGCUCCCAAUUCAAUUGGCUACACAUACAAAUGCCUUGGCAGUGGUUGUUGGUCCCUCCGACAAAAAAACUUUGAGGUAGCAAUGCAGAGUUUGGUUAUGGAGGCAGGGGAUGCUGACACCAAUGGAGCUAUAGCUGGGGCUCUGCUCGGCUGCAAACUUGGACUACAAGCUCUGGAUGUCAAACGGGGGGAAUCAGGCUGGCUUACUGGUCUGGUCCACAAACAAUGGCUGGAUGACAUUAUAGAGAAGUUUCUCCGUUCUGCGAUAUCUCCACAGCACAGAAUCAUGUCUCAGGCAGAAAUGGAUAUUGUCUUCAAAGAAACUCGGGUCUGAGUGAAAUUGCUCAACGAUUUUGUUCUAAACAAAGUCUGAUUUCAUUUUUUCAUUGUACUCAGUUUUAUUUUGCAUAAAAUAUUUUACUCUUUAUUAUUUACUGUUUUGCCUGUGAUAUGGCUUUACACAUAAUUUUGUUCAUUGAGGUCACAAGUUCUGUGGUUUGACUAUGUUGAAACUGCUAGACUACAACAGCAUGAUGAAAUGUUCCCAUUAUAGAAGGUAUUACUUCGUAUAUGCACCACCUGUAUGUAUGAUGUUUUGACGUAUUGUAGCCUUUCGUAUUGAUUUAUUUGAUUGUCGUUUAACACCAUAUUCAGGUCAUUUUUAUCGGUGGAAGAACGUUGUUCAGAAGUGUAUUAAAAGUUAAGCCGGGUUUAAAUCUUUAUAUUUGUCUUGCUCUAGUACAAAACUAAUUGAACUGUAUUGUCCAAAUUCUCUUUACAAGGGAUUGAAGCUAUAGCUUUUAAUAGAUAAGAGAUGUUGUGAUGUUAGUUCUAGCUUGCAUUAGGUAAUAGCGGCUUAAUACCUUUACAUGAAGCUUUUUCCUAUGAAACCUAAUUAUUUUUUAAGUAGAUUUAU